GAUUCAGUCUGGGUGGGAAGAAGACAGCCUCAAGUUAGGAUACAUACCGCCAGUCACUUGAUAUCGGACGAUAAGCCGAUCCGAACUUCUUUUUCUUCCCCAAUCAUUUAUCCGUUCCACCUUCCACAUAAUACCUCUGAACCAACUAUCAGUCUCAGUGGGUUUCUGAAACAGAUUAGAUUAACUAGAUAUACUAUGAGCGCGUCCCGGAUAGGCCGAGGCGCCUUGAAAAAGGCCCAAAUCCCGACCCCUGGACCGUCCAGGACGAACCCUAUCCAAGCUGGACAAACCAGGUCAGAUACAUGGCAAAUGAGAAAACAAACCCCACUGACAAAGAUCAGUCCCCAUGCACCACCAUCUCUCCCGAAACGGGCAAAUCCGCAUCUGCUGAAUCUCCGUCCAGAGCCAGAAUCUCCGCCCCGGAUGUCCCCCAGAGCAAUGACCGUGCUGGGCGUUGGUGUCCUCGCCAUGAGCACCUACUGCGGGUACCUGUAUGCCUCGUACCGGCGCGAGGUCCGCCAGUCCCAGGCCCUGGAGGUGCCCGUGGACGUCUCGGACCGGUACAACCACACCGCGUCGAGCUUCGACGCUGAUGUUGAAAUGUCAGAGAAGCUGAUGCGCAUGGGCGCCAAGCGGCGCGAACUGGUCCAGGGCGCGCGCGGCAACGUACUCGAGGUGAGCUGCGGGACGGGUCGGAACCUAGAGUACUAUGAUCUGGGGGGGGAGCGGAGGGGCGUGGACGAGCAGGGGCGCGCCGAACGCAAGGGGUGUCGCUCUGUGACGUUUGUUGAUCUGAGUCCGCAGAUGGUGGAAAUUACGCGGGAGAAGUUUGCGAGGCUUUAUCCGCAGUUUGGGAGGGUGGUGUUUCGCGUGCAGGAUGCGAGGGAGGUUCCUCCCCCGGAUACAGUUACAGGUACAGCUACCGCUACCGCUACGUCUAGACCGACGACGAAUGAUGCAAACGGGGAGCAGGCAGCUAGAUAUUACGAUACGAUUGUGCAAACCAUGGGGCUCUGCUCGAUGCCGGACCCUGUCGCCACGCUGCGGCAUCUGGGGACGAUCACGGAACCGCAGCGUGGUCGGAUCCUGCUGCUGGAGCAUGGCCGGUCGCAUUACGAGUGGUUGAAUCGGAUCCUGGAUAAUCUGGCGCCGGCGCAUGCGGAUCGUCAUGGAUGUUGGUGGAAUCGCGAUAUUGGACAGAUAGUUCGCGAGAGUGGGUUGGAGGUUGUUGAUGUGCAACGAUGGCAUUUUGGGACGACUUGGCGAUAUGUGCUUCGGCCUGUGUAGUACUCCGUAGUUAGAAGGGAUAUAUUGAACUAAUACAUACCUGGUGGUUGCCUGAGCAGGAUUCCUUUACGCGAAAAGAAUCAUAAUAAUGGUCAUUGUCUCCACUGACUGGAUUCUGAUUGGAUGUCCUUAUCACCUAGGUAGGUUAGGUCGGUUAGGUAAUUGAAGGGCAAGUGGGACAAACAUCGAAUUCUCAUUGGUUAGGAAGCAGCAAGGAGAGGAAUUCUUUGGUCCACGGAUACAAAGAACCAUGGAUCCUUUUAACAGCU